GAAUCGAUAGCGAGAAUGAAGGGCGGGAAGAGGUCUCGAUCUACUAGUGAGGAUGUAGGGGGUACCGAGGAUCGACACCGACGCUUGCAUGCUUCUAGCCGUCGCGGCGAUCAUGGUGCAGCCACUCAGGCGGUCGAGUCUUCAGCUCCGGCUGCUACUAUGUUGUCGCCCAUGGUUGAGUCUUCAGCUCUGGCUGCUUCCGUGCCGUCUACCAGGGGAAAGUCUUCCACUAUGGAUGCUACUGUGCUGGAUCUCGUGGUUGACCCUUCAGAUCCGGUUCCUACUCCGUUGUCUCCGAUGGUUGAGUUAUCUCCCCACGCCAUUCCUCAACAGCCUUCCAGCGAGGAGACAUCUGGCGAGGAGUCUUCUUCUGACCAUGAGCGUGAGGGGAGUAGUGAGGAGGAGCUUAUUCUUGAGGAGGAGGUUGAUGCUGAUGUCGUGCCAGAGGGUGCACAGGGCGGUGAUGAUGACCUAAUCCAGAGGGUGGCGCUGUUUUCGAGGGGGGCCUGAUGACCUGUCGCUUCUCACGCAUUAUGUUGAUCACAAGGCUCCCUGGACGUGGCAUUCACUCCUACGCACAGACCCGCGGUACGUGGACCGUCGGGCAUUGAGGCUGGCCACGGUUGGGGGAAGGUAUGGAACCUCCCUUGUGACGACGAUUCAGACAGCCAUACACAGGUUCGACAGCUGCUGCAGCAGACGGGUUUGUAUCACCUACCUUGGUGCGGGUACCCGAAGACAGACCCAGGCCUCAUAUUGGCCCUUGUUGAGAGGUGGCAUGAGGAGACCAGUAGCUUCCACAUGUCGUUCGGGGAGAUGACUAUCACCCUGGACGAUGUGUCGGCUCUUCUCCAUCUCCCCAUGGGGUCGAGGUUCUACACGCCUGGCAGGGGGAGUGAGAUGAGUGUGCAGCGCUCUGCGGCCAGCUCAUGGGAGGAUCCACCGCUGAUUAUCUUGAGGAGUUUGAUGCGACGCAUGGCUAGACUAUUCGGUUCUUUAUGUUGCAGACCCUGUAUGAGACUGUUUUGGUUGAGCACCGUUAUGAGGAUGCUGCCCGGAUUUGGCUGGUGAACCAGCUUGGCGCGACGCUCUUUGCCAGCAAGAGCGGGGGAUAUCACACGACUGUCUACUGGAUUGGGAUGCUGGAGGACCUUGGGGGAGUGUCGGAGUACGCGUGGGGCGCGAUUGCGCUGGCUACGUUGUACGACCAGCUUAGUCGUGCAUCCCGUAGGAAGACAGCCCAGAUGGGAGGGUUCACCUCGCUCUUGCGGUCAUGGGCAUAUGAGUACCUUUAUGACCGCGUCAUUAUCAGGAGGGCGGUUCCGGACUACACACAGGACCAGCCUAGGGCGCAACGGUGGUUUACGUCCCGGAUCGGGCAUGCCGGACUCGAUGAAAGACGAUUCAUGCUCGAUGAGCUUAUGGUGGAUGACAUCAUAUGGACCCCAUUUGAGGACCAUCGAGAUCAUCGACCGCGGGAUCCGAGGGCCCUCUAUUCUGGCUACAUCAGGACACCUUUCGACCGGUCUGUGAGCCGACAUCUACCAGAGAGGGUUAUGCGUCAGUUUGGCUACAUACAAGAUAUCCCUCGACACCCCUCUGAGAUCCAGACGACGGGGUCCCUUGUUGAGACCGCAGGUGCUGCCUAUGCUGACUACGCGCCGCACCUGGUCCCUCUUGGGACCCCUGCUAUACGUUCGGGAGACGCAGUGUCAGAGUACAUGAGGUGGUAUAUCAGAGUGUCCCAUCAGUUCAUCAUCCCUGACGAUAGGAGGGAGGAGCUCAGUGUCGUGUCUGCUAUGCGUAGGGGUGUGGAGAUGUUGGAGCAGUCACUGGAGGUGUCAGGUGCUCCUGCAGUAGGCACACAGGCCCGACUCCUCACUAAGAGGGCGCUCGAACUUUUUAGAUCGAAUUCCUUCGUUGGUACCCAGGGAGUUGCCUUUGCUACUGUUCGAGGAGCCGCAGCUGCGGGAGGCAGAGCUCGUGGAGGCAGAGCCCAUGGAGGCAGAGCUCGUGGAGAGGGUGCUCCUGGAAAGGGUGCUCGCGGAGGUGGAGCUCGUGGACCUAGAGGAGGUCGUAGGGGUCGGGGAGAGUGAUUUUAUGAUUAUUGUAUGUUAUGUAUAUUUUUAUGUGGACCAUAUGAGACUA